AUGGUCAACGGACAACUUCCAAGAAACUCCAGUCUCGGGGCUACGACUACCCCACUUUCUGAUGACGCUUUUGGAUAUGAACCUAACGGUUUGAUUCAGACCAGUCCUGAUGAAUUUGCCAGAAACAACAGCGCGCCCGAUCGCCUUAAACAAAUAUUUACCGACCGACAUUCGCACAAAAGCCUCGCGGAACAGAAGGUCAGCGACUGGCUUCUCCGAUACAGGUCCUAUGCUCACUGCUCCCCGAAAGAUUUGACAGACAUUCCUGACAAUAUAUGGGCGCCUCUUGACGUCGACCCAAGUUCCAGGAACAAUGCUGCGUCCGAGUUCAACAUGGCUAGAAGUGCUAAAGGUGUUCAGGCGGACCAACUGAAGCACAGGAUGUUGAAUUGCGCUAGACGCAAAGACCUAAGUGACCAUGCCAUGCCAACACUGAAACCUAAUGAUGCACCUAAGCGUCGACUACAUUCGGUGACAUCCACACAUUGUCCAGUAAUGCGAUCUUCGGUUAUCAAAUACCAAAUCCCUUACUUCUUCCAACCUCCUUACAGGCAAUCCUAUAAAUCAGCAAAACUAGCUCAGUAUGCGGAGAAAUCUAUAUCACUGAAAAAGGCACAGAAUUACAUGGAUUUGAGCAAGGGUCUGUUAACGGCUUCGGGGCUGCCAAAGUGA